GUAUUUCUGGGAUAUAAGAAUGGCGGAGUUUACUUUAAUUUUGCGUGUCCAUUUCACGUGAACUGUAUGUUUCUUGCUGAAAUCUGCUGGACUCACAGAGUGUCUUUUGAAUCUAGGAUAUAGCAAUUUUAUACCGAAAAUCGGCACAUUACUUUUUAAAAUAGUUCUUGAAGCAGAAAGCAAAAAAUGGCGUUAGCAUCGAUCUGUAGACUCAGCACGACCAGUUCGACCUUCAGCCAUUUAAAUCAUUUGGGAGCCACCACCCGGCAGAGAUCUUUCGCAGCUCUAGUAAAGAGUUUAGCAACAGUAGCUAAAGAAAUGAGUCUACCACGUGUUUUUUUCGACAUGACCGCGGACGGCAAACCCGUGGGUCGCAUUGUAAUGGAGUUACGAAGUGAUGUAACUCCUAAAACCGCAGAAAACUUCCGGGCUUUGUGUACGGGAGAACUGGGCUUUGGCUACAAAGGAAGUAGCUUUCACAGAGUCAUUCCGAACUUCAUGUGCCAGGGCGGAGACUUCACCAAUCACAACGGCACCGGAGGAAAGUCUAUUUAUGGUAACAAAUUUGAGGACGAGAACUUCGAAUUGAAGCACACCGGACCUGGAGUCAUGUCUAUGGCCAAUGCAGGACCAAACACAAAUGGUAGUCAAUUCUUUAUCACGAGUGCGAAAACAAGUUGGCUUGAUGGAAAACAUGUCGUAUUUGGCAAAGUAACCGAAGGCAUGGAUGUGGUUAGAAAGUUGGAAGCCCUGGGAUCGCAAAGUGGCAAGACAUCAAAGAAGAUCGUAGUACAAGACUGUGGCCAAGUCUCGUAGAUCGAUUAGUCGGCAAUUACCUCAAAGAUUGCAUUUUUGUUGAUCCAUUGCCUGCAUUCGCCAUCCCUAUUCAAACAUCAUACCCAAGUUAAAUUUAAUUUACUUGGUAUUCAUUCCUAUCUUCCUUAUACAGUGAACGAAAAUGUCUUCUGCAUCUUCCUAUUAGUCUGAAAGUCUUCUAGUACUGACUGUACAAAUUUAAUUUAUAUCGAUCGAUGAUUUUAAGCACUUCGCAUAAGACAAAGUAGCGUUGAAGGUCGUGCAUGAAAGAAGCUACGAAAUUUGUCCCUUACGAGUGUGAAAACUCGAUUUUUGCUGCUUUAGCAAAACGCACACUCAGCCAUGCAUUUUAAAUGAUUUAAGUAAACUUUACAUUUAGUGUGAAACUAUAGUCACGAAAGUCCUGUUGAACUUGAAUACGCACCUCUAAGACAUCAAUGAGCAACGUUGGAUGUUUUGCAUCUGCUUCUAAUUUUUUAAAGUAUUAUCGUACUUGAUAUCUGACGAAAUAUACCUUUGUCUUUUAUGCCAUAGAUCUGAUAGUUACACUCUUGAGAAUACCGUUGCAGUGUAAUAAUUAAUUUUUGCUUUGCACUUUUGUAGGUACUGACUUUGUAAUUUUCUUCCUAGCAUGCAAGGACGAUAUCGAAGAGUGUAGUUGUGACGAUCGUAUUAAUUCCAAUUUGUAUGAAAUAAAACUGUUUUCGAGCAAAUUUAUUAUA